AUGGCGGUGGCAGAUGUGAAGUUAAAUUCACCAACUCAAACAAACAGUCAAAGUGUUGUUGUCAAUGUCAAAGACAGAGAUGUUGAAGUGGGGAAACCAUACGAAGACGAAGAUGGUAUAACAAUUGUUCCUGUAAAAGAACAACCAACAUAUCCUGAAGUUAGCAGAGACUUAAGUUCUGUUGCAGAUAUUCGAAACGACUACCAACAACUGAAAGACAAACUUCAAACUCAGGAGA